UUUCUUAUGAAAACCGUUUUUUGUCUAAAAAUAAAAUGUUGAAAAUAUUUAUUAUGUAGCACAUAUUAAACCCGCGCUAGUGAUAAGUUGUUGAAAAAUAAAAGUGACGAUAAUUUAAAUUAUAGAAACGACGAAAACUGCUAUGGAAGUGUCUAAUGAGAUAAAGGAAGAUAUUCGCAAAACUCAAUCUGACUUGAAAAAUGCGAUACGCGUACAUCAGGUUUGGGCCACGCGUCUUCGGGAAGAUGAAAAUAAUUUACAUCUGAAAUCAAAAGUCAAAGAAGCUGAAAAUGAAAUUAUUGCCAUUGGUCAAGCUCAAAAACUAGUGGUAGACAGAUUAAGGAGAGAAUUAGAACUUUAUCAGCAGCGUUUGAAAGCUCGUAACAAGCAGACAAAUAUUGAGAAUGAUAAUCGCUAUGUAGCCCAGCAACUAAGGGACCACCAGCUUCAGUAUCGCAGCAGAAAUAGGACUGUGUCUUUACUCAAACCUUCAGUACUUAAUGAGAUUCAUAUUAAGUCAGAAAACUAUAAUGAUGUGAAAGAAAACAUAUCAGAUUCUGAGACUGAAAUCAAAUCCACAAACGAGAAAGGGAACUCAAAUCAUAGUGAUGUAGAAGAAAAAGAGAAAUAUUUGAGAAAUUUUCAGCAGAUACCUAAAGUGCAUGACAGUAGGAAUAACUUUGCUAAUGCACUAAAUAAAGUCAAGGAGGCAUUUAUCGGCAGCAACUCGCAGUCGGUUGUUGGCUGGCAGGAAGCGCCCUGGUCGGGGUCGGGGUCGCCGCCGUCGCCGUCGCCGUCGCCGCCGCCGCUGCCGCAGCGAGGCGAGCCCGUCUCGCAGGAGCUGUUCUUGAGAUUAAUUGGUUUGGUAACCCCAGCCCAGAAGGAGAUACUUGAGAAGAAGAGAAGUGAGCGUCGGAAAAGGUCCACGACAAGCACCAACAGAAAUGACUUCUUAUACGGAAACUACGACAUGUUGCCUAAACGCAAGAAAUACAAUCAAUUCCCAUAUUUGCAAUCGCACAACGAUCCUCCUCAAACACGCUCGGCAAAACUACGAAAACAGCAGUUCCAGACUCAAAGCAAGGAAUCCCGGGAAGGAUCGCCGUCUGGUUCUUCGGCUGAAACGAAAGAGGGCUGGAGCGGCAAGCCGGCGUGGGCGGCGGCGCUGCCGGCCGGGCUGUCCGUGGAGCCCGUGUACUCCGCCAAGAAGGUCUGCAACGCGUGCGGCAGGAACGAUGUGCCGUCGCUGCUGGUGUGGUGCGCGGCGUGCGGCGUGUGGCUCCACACCGGCUGCGGAGCGGCCGGACGCUGCUCGUGCGGCGCCGCCCUGCCCGACCCCGACCCACACCCCGCCACCCCCGCACACCACCUGCUGUACCGAGACAAACUGGCAGAACGCAAGCGACUGCAAGAGAAAAACAUCCAACUGUGCGUCGAACUGCGCAAGCUGGAAGCCCGGGCAGCCACGCUCAAGGAGAACCUGGACGAGCACAACGCGGAGAAGCGGCAGCUGCUUGCCGACCAGAUCAAGACGCAGAGGAACCUGCAGAAGCUCCUGGACUUCAUCAGCCAGUUCAAGGAGACGUCCAUCAGCAUCCGCUCCACCUCUGUUAGCGACUCGGGCAGCGAGAUCAGUAAAAGCAACGAGGAAUGAACUGAUGCACAUCAAAGGUUGUAGGUGAGCCGGUUGCCGUUCGUCGCAAUCGUAAAUAAAGCAGUGACGCAGUAGCCAAUAUUGUUACUAGAUAUUAAGCUAACUUGUAAGUAUAUUUCCAUUUUUAUUAAUGAAAUUUACCUCUUUCGGAGGUACCGUAUUAAGUUUUAUACAUACGUUAAUGUUUAGGGCCAAAUCUUUAUAAUUAUAACAAAUUAUAAAGAACUGUAGAUGAAUGUAUAUAAUAAGUAUAAAUCAACAAUAUGGCAUUAAUUUCAGUAUUAUGAUCUUUAGAACAGAUAGGCUGAAUUACGCGCAAAUGCGAAGAAUGGGCCGUUCAAUCAAAUAUAUCUGCGGCAAUAGGCUGGUCCACACCGAGCCAUGUCGGCCGUGCUCGCGCGGCAGCGUGCUGUGUCAUGUUAAAGGUCUCUGCCCACUACACCGUAUCAUACCAUGACCGUGCUAUGAACGUAUCAGGCACGGAAUGUAACGCGAUACGGACUACUAUGCCCAUACCGUGUCCACAUUGUUUCAUAUCCGUACAUAACGGGUUCAGUGCCCGUAGUAACCUCGCAUCAUCCCCAUAGCAUCCAUCUAUAAUCCCCGUAGCAUCCGCGUUUCAUCCCCUUAGUACCCGCGUUUUAUCCGCGA